GCGUUUGGACAGAUCGUGUUUCAGUAAGUAGCCGAAGCCUGAGUGUGCAGAAACUUGAUCUGUGGUUACUCAGGUAAUAAUUCCUGCGAUGAGCGCUCGCUCUGCUUCAGCCUAGGACUUUUCAUUUCGAAACAUGGACAUGGACAGCAGGACAGCAUCUUUUGCACAGUCCAGAAAUAAGACUUCUUAUGUUUAUGUGUGGACUUCCAGGCAGUUCCAGGAACAGCAGGUAGAAUGGGACGAUGUGAAUAAACUUCUGCAGCACCACAGUUUUAAGCCUGUGUGCUUUUCAGAUCCUGUAGAGAACAAGAAUCUUUCAGAUCUGAUUCUGCUGGACAGGAAGUCGGCCAAUGAGAUCAGGCGGACUUUAAAGACGAUGCUCACAGACUCGGAGAGAAGACAGGCUCUGAUCCAGGAGCUCGUCAAGUCCAACAACCAACUCAAAGAGGAGGCUCGCGAACACACUCUUGAAGCAGCUCAGCAGUGUAAGCGGGCCGCUGAGCUGGAGGCGCUGCUGGCCGUGGUGAGGAUCAGAGUCCAGGACCUGGAGGACCGCUACCUCGCCAAGGCUGUCCAACAGCACAGCCACACACAACAGCUGCAGCGGGAGAACCAGGACACACAGGAGCGGUGUCAGGUCCUGGAGAAGAAGCUGUCGAAACAGAGGGAGGAAGUCGCUCAGCUUCAGAAGAAAUUGUAUUUCAUCGUCAAAGAAGAAGAGCAACGAUUGGCUCGCCAGAGUCACGCCCUCCAGCACGUCUGCAACACAGCGAGCCGGCAGAACUCCCCAGCUGAGCCGCAGUGUGUCAAAGGAGAACCAGGAGGAUCUCACGUGGCUCAUCAGGCAAAAAUCAAGAAUGUCACGCCAUCUCUCAGAGACACCAUCAAGGAAUACCAGGAACAGCAGAAGGCAAGCGCAGCUCAAAUAGAAGAUCUCAAGACGGAGGUGGAGCACCUGAAGCGAGAACUGAGGACGAGAUUACCCAAAAAAGACAACACGACUGAGAGCAGCGAGGACAUCGCUUUGUGUGCCCACUAUCGCCAUCUUUUGGAUGAGAUCAGCGCAGUUGUGAACAAUCCCAACGCUCCGAUGCGCCUGCACCGACAGAAACCCUCUGUUGGUUUGGAGCUGGCUGAGUUUCAGACUCUGCUCCCCACAAUGGAGGACUGGGCCCAGCAGCUCCACCUCCUGAAGGAUCUGCAAAGGGGUUUGUGUGAACUGAAAGGCAGACUCAUGCCCUGGCAGCCUCCUGACGAUGGCCAUAAUGCUGGAGAAGCAUUGAAGGUGGAGGACAUGAUGUUGCUGGUGGACACCAUGCUGGAAAACACCUUGUCUGGUGAGGAGAAGGUGCUCCAGACUCCCACUCGCUACACUCUGGGCGCCAUGGUGUCUCACUUCCAGAAGCUGUUUGACGUCCGCUCCCUCAGCGGAGUGUUCCCACGAAUGAACGAGGUCUACACCCGGCUGGGAGAGAUGACCAACGCCAUGAGGAACCUGCGAGAUGUCCUGCAGCUAGACUGCAGGGUUCCUCCCGCCGAGCUAGUGAACCAUGUAUCCAGGCUGGUUUCCUCAAGUGAACACGCUGCCGGACUCCAUCAGCUUUUGGGAGAGGCCGACGUUGACAGGAUCCUGGUCAAAGUAAAGCAGCACCAAGAGUUCUUCCCUGCUUUCCACGCCCUCAUCACGGACAUUUUACACACUCUGGGAGUGAAUCACCUGGACGCCAUCAUUCCUGCCCUGCAGUCCUUGAAACAAACAGCCCAGUGAUGUCACGUUGGUUCUACGGAACACAGAGCUCCACGUGAGGCCUUUUGUUUGGAGUAAGGAGUCCGCAUUUGAUGAAUGAGUCACUAUGACUUGAGUCUUAAUAAAUAAAUACAUGAAUAAACAAA